GUUUUCGAUUUAGGUGAAUUAAACUUAAAAUCAUAUUCUGAUUCUGGUUCAUGAAACUCGAAGAGACAAUGCUGGGAUUUUCGAUUUCGCUAUCCGCCAUGGAAGCUUCAGCUUGGAGAGGAGUAGCGUUCACGGUGUUUCUUCUCAACUUCGUCCUAGUUUGUCAGCUUCUCCUUCUUCAACCUUUGGUUUCGGCUUCAGAUGGAAUACUGGGCAACUCUGCCGAGUUGUUUGAGAAAGUUUCACAAAAUGUAAAGGUGAAGCGUUACAGUGAGGCACUCGAUGAUCUUAAUGCCGCUAUUGAGAUAGACCCAAAACUUUCAGAAGCAUACUUUCAUCGUGGUUCAAUUCUUCGCCAGUUGUGCAGAUAUAAUGAAUCUGAGAAGAACUAUAAGAAGUAUCUUGAGUUAAAACCUGGAAAUUCAGUGGGUGAAAAGGAGCUUUCUCAAUUGCUUCAGGCUCAGAGUGCUUUAGAAACGGCUCUUAAGCAUUUUGAUACAGGAGAUUACACAAAAGCAUUGGAAUUUUUGGAUAAAGUUGUACUUGUUUUCUCUCCUGCGUGCUCUGAGGCCAAAUUCCUGAAAAUAAAAUUGUUGUUGGCAACUAAGGACUAUUCUGCUGCUAUCCUUCAUACUGGAUAUAUUCUUAAAGAAGAUGAAAGCAAUCUGGAUGCGUUAUUACUUCGUGGGCGUGCCUACUACUAUUUGGCAGAUCACGAUGUUGCCUCAAGGCAUUUUCAGAAGGGUCUUCGUCUAGAUCCAGAGCAUGGUGAACUGAAGAAAGCAUAUUUUGGAUUGAAGAAUCUAUUGAAAAAAACCAGGAGUGCAGAAGAUAAUGUCAGCAAGGGUAAGCUGCGUUUAGCAGUGGAGGAAUAUAAUGCAGCCCUUGCAUUAGACCCCAACCAUCUUGCACACAAUGUACAUCUUCAUCUUGGCUUAUGCAAGGUACUGGUCAAGCUUGGUCGUGGAAAGGAUGCUGUUGCUAGUUGCAAUGAAGCCCUAAACAUUGAUGGAGACCUUAUUGAAGCUUUGGUCCAGAGAGGGGAAGCAAAGCUUUUAACAGAGGAUUGGGAAGGUGCUGUUGAGGAUCUUAAGUCAGCGGCUCAAAGUUCACCGCAGGAUAUGAAUAUUAGGGAGGCACUGAUGAGGGCUGAAAAGGCUUUAAAGAUGAGCAAACGAAAGGACUGGUACAAAAUUUUGGGGGUCUCAAAGACUGCUUCUGUCGCUGAGAUUAAACGUGCCUAUAAGAAGCUUGCUUUACAAUGGCACCCUGACAAAAAUGUGGAAAAUAGAGAAGAAGCAGAAGCCAAGUUCCGAGACAUUGCUGCUGCAUAUGAGGUCCUCGGCAAUGAAGAAAAACGUACAAGAUUUGAUAGAGGGGAAGACAUUGAAGACAUGGGCAUGGGCGGCGGCGGUGGUUUCAAUCCUUUCGGUGGUGGUGGACAGCAGUUUACGUUUACUUUCGAUGGUGGAUUUGGUGGGGGUGGUGGUGGUUUUGGUGGUCAUCCUGGUGGGUUUGAGUUCCAUUUCUGAUUUCAGCAUAAAAGCUCUGGUUCCUCUUUUUUCUGAUAUUUUUACAGUGAUUAGAAAACAUUUGAUUAAUAAGGGGGGGAAGGGGAUCAAAAUAUUUAUUUGCUGAAAAGUAGAAGUACCUUAGGUUAGAAUUACUGAUAGAGGCUUUUCUAGUUCAGAAAAAUGUUCAUUGAGCAAGAUUUUGCCGAGGAAAUUUGUGAGUUGUAAUUGUAAUACGUUGGAUGUAUAAGCUUGCAUUUACCAUUGCUUAGAUUUUGCCACUUAACAAGUUAUAUGUUAAAGGUA